AUGCCUCAGACUGGGAUAAAUGAAGUUGGGCUACUGUAUACUGCCGUAGGCUCCAGCUCCCGAGGUCCAUCUGCCCAGGUGGGCGGGCAGGCCCCCUGGCUCAGGCCUGGGCUAGGCCCCGGGCCGAGGCCAACCAAUGAGAACGCGUUCAUCAGAUCAUCUUCACGCGACGGUGUCGCGUCAUAUCACCGAUAUUCCACCAUCGCGAUGUCGAUGGAUUCAGAGUCAGAUUAUUUUGAUGAUGAUGAUGACUUCGUGGUGCCGUCCACCCCGGAUGGGCCUCCCCGUCCUUCGAAACGCCGCCGUUUGGAAAAUGAACGAGAUGAAGAUGGCUCUUCAAUAGAUUCAUUCUCGGAUGAUGAUUUACCGGCGCAGCGACGAGAUUCACCGAUCCGAUUUGAGGAACACCAAGGCCGCUCGAACAACAAGAGUUGUGUAUUGAAUAAUGCCCGGGUAGAGAACGAGAUGUUCGUCACCCAACUCACACAGCCAUCUUCGAGCCCCGAAAGAAUACGAGGUCCACGAUGGCAGAAGCCUGGCACCAAACCCCCUCCGCCGAAAUUCGAUCAACCCCCAGGAAAAAGUGGUGGACAGAGAGUACAAGACCCUGCGCAGGAGGAUGAGGGGCUGAGGGCCGCUAUUGCGGCUUCCCUAAACUCGUUUGAGGAGGAGCAGAGCAACAGAAGUUUCCAAUCCCAGAGCCUCUCAAAUUGUCAACCAUCGAGGCCUCCAUCCCACCAGCGGGCACAUGUGGAUGGUUCGGCAGAGGAUCCGUUCGAUCUUGCAAACAUACCUGAUGGGGCAUUUGAUUCUUCUCCAUCCUCAUCACCAAUAGCAAGACCAGCACAGCCUGCUCCUCCGCAGAUAAACCAACCUAGAGCUCCAAUCCGACAGCCAAAUGUACGGCAAACUACACUUUACGGCAUGAUUGUGGCAGACCCCGAACCCUCUGCAGCGCAACAGCAGGACUCAGGCCCUCCACAGGGGAUUGAGCCACCCACCCAUCACAAACUUGUGAAGAAUACUACGGACACAUGGAUCUAUCCUACAAAUCUGGGCAAGACCAGAGAUUAUCAAUUUAACAUCACCCAGGCAGGGUUGUUUCACAACUUGCUCGUCGCUUUGCCGACUGGUCUGGGAAAGACCUUCAUUGCGGCCACCAUUAUGCUUAAUUGGUUUCGCUGGACAGAAGACUCGCAAAUAAUUUUUGUCGCACCCACGAAGCCUUUGGUCUCCCAGCAGGUGUCUGCUUGUCUCGACAUCGCAGGGAUACCCCGCUCAGCGUCAACUAUGCUCACCGGAGGAGCGUCGCCAGGGAUUCGUGCCGAAGAGUGGAAAUCAAAGAGGGUCUUCUUUAUGACACCUCAGACCUUGAUCAACGACUUGAAGACUGGAAUUGCUGACCCAAAGCGAGUUGUCUUGUUGGUCGUUGACGAAGCCCACCGUGCCACAGGUGCAUACGCAUAUGUCGAGGUCGUGAAGUUUCUCCGGCGUUUCAAUAACAGCUUCCGCGUUUUGGCCCUUACCGCGACCCCGGGAUCGACGGUUGAAUCCGUGCAAGAGGUCAUCGAUGGUCUGGAUAUAGCACGGGUUGAGAUUCGCACGGAAAACUCAAUAGACAUUCGCGACUAUGUUCAUGACCGCAAUAUCGAGACUGAAACGUUUGAGAAUUCAGAUGAGAUGGUCUUUUGUAUGGACCUCAUGUCUGCGGCUUUGAAACCAUUACUUGAUCAACUCCACACCCUUAAUGCAUACUGGGGACGAGACCCCAUGGGACUCACCGCGUUUGGACUUACAAAGGCAAGACAGCAGUGGAUGCUAUCUGACGCUGGUCGAAAUGCCAAUUUUGGACUCAAAGGCAAAGUGAACGCCAUUUUCACGGUCCUUGCUAGCUUGGCCCAUGCGAUCGACCUUUUGAAAUAUCACGGAAUCGUGCCGUUCUACCGGCAUGUCCUUCAUUUCAAGUCUGGAAUGGAGGGACAAAAGGGCGGAGGCGGCAAAUAUCAGAAACAAGUUGUGCAACAUGAGAGCUUCAAAAAAUUGAUGAGUCACGUUGAUCCUUGGAGCAAAAACCCUGAAUUCAUUGGCCACCCAAAAUUAGAAUAUUUGAAGUCAGUCAUUUUGAAUCACUUCAUGGACAGAGGCGAAGGCAAGGAGGCUGCCGAUGGAAACACUCAACCCGCAACACGAGUUAUGAUCUUUGUCCAUUUCCGUGAUAGCGCAGAAGAGGUCACCAGAGUGCUCAAAAGAUAUGAACCCAUGAUCCGACCCCAUGUUUUCGUCGGUCAAUCCAGCGCCAAAGGCUCCGAGGGCAUGGACCAAAAAACCCAGCUUCAGAUCAUUGAAAAGUUCAAAAAGGGCACAUACAAUACAAUUGUUGCUACCUCGAUUGGAGAAGAAGGAUUGGAUAUUGGAGAAGUCGAUCUCAUUGUGUGUUACGACUCGUCCGCAUCGCCAAUUCGAAUGCUGCAACGUAUGGGUCGAACAGGUCGUAAGCGGGCUGGUAACAUCACACUCUUGCUGAUGAAAGGCAAAGAAGAAGACUCUUACGUCAAAGCCAAAGACAACUAUGAAAAGAUGCAACAAAUGAUUGCCAGUGGAUCGCGGUUCACAUUCCACCACGACCGCUCCGCCCGCAUCUUGCCUGCUGGCAUACGCCCAGUGCCUGAUAAGCGACAAAUCGACAUUCCCCCAGAGAAUUCGCAACAAGAACUGCCUGAGCCCAAGCGUAAGGGAAGAGCACCAAAGCGACCACCAAAGGUUUUCCAUAUGCCAGAGGGCGUGGAGACUGGAUUCACCCGAGCCUCGACCUUGGAUGGCGACAAAUCCAAGAAACCCGCACCCAAAAAGGCUUCUACCAAGAAAACCACCGUUCCUAAAAAGCGAGUCCGAGAACCUACACCUGAGCCUGUCGAGAUUCCAUCUCUCGACGAUGUAGUCCUGGACCCGAGUUCACAACGGGAUCUAGAAACACAUUACCAGAAUGUCGGGGACACAUCUCCGCAAGUUAUUCGAUAUCCUCGCAACGAUGCCUUUCCAAACCUGCAGCUUGUUCCCAGACCCACGGGCAGUGUCACGCAUGGUUCGCACACACGACGCGUAGUAGCCGCGUUGAAAAAGAUGGACCAGGCCGAUGCUAGUUGUGAUCGUCGAUUCAAGGAUAUCCUCGCCCGCGAACCACCGGCUACGGAUAAAUCUAGUCUCCUGUACGAGGAACCUUCGAAGAAACCACGGGAUGCUGCCCGACCCCCGAAAACACCUUCAAAUCCAAGUACGAAGCGCAUUUCAGCGAAAGACCCUGCGAAACCCGCUGGCGGGGAGGCUCUUUCGUUGCUGUCUCCUGUUCGUGAAACGAGGCCCAUGGGGUUCGGAUUGGACGAUGAUCUGAUCGAUGAUUUGGACGAUGAUUUCGACCUCGAUCUGCUUGACCCCAGCGAUUUGUUCAGCAGUGGUCGUAAGAAAUCCUGA